AAAUUGUAUUUUAUGCGUUAAGUUUUGCGAUACGAAUGGUGACAUUGUGCGCAUUUUUUUAAUUUGUAUUUUUUUGGGUGUAGUCAACAAAGUUAGCUGCUGCUUGUUGGAGAAAUAUACCUGCGAAUUGAAGACUUAAGUUUUAUAACUGCAAUAUGCUGAAUGUCAGCCCUGCUUGUAUUGGCGUUAAUGGCUAUUGACAAAGUACUGUUGGCCAAGCAUAUUUCUUUCCAAAACGAGGGGCCAGCUCACGUGUAUUCUUUACAUAAUCCUCCCUGCAGGGCCCAAAGCAACACACUCAUUUUUGUUUGCCACAUUUUUGCAGCAAAUUGUUGACUCGUGAGCAGCGUGGUAAGCCCCAGCUUCAAACUGUCCAUUGUCAGCCUAGGAUACAAAUAGCCUACGUUGCUCUCAUACAAUUGUAACACAAAUAGACACAUUCUCCCAUUAUUUGUCCUCCCCUUGUCCACAACACUAUGCACAUUUUACUAACACUAAUGAAUUUUUUAAUUUUUUUAAUUAAUGAAGGUUAGUUAAAGUAGCACUUCCACUGACUGGAAGACAUGUUGAGUUAUUUUUUUUACUUGAUUUUGCAAUAUGCAACAGUUCAGUUGUACACCACCAAAAACAGCAACUAGAAAAAACAUUGGUAAUUUAUUGUAUAUAAUGCAUAUUUGACAGGACUUGGAUGUGCUAUCUGUCAAAGUGUGACAUGAUGAGGGUUGGAUGAUUAAUACCUCUCAUUAAUCAAAAUGGACCUCUAUCAUCUUUGUAAAGUUUUUAUUUUUUUAUUUUUUAUUUUUUAAUGUAAAAUUGUUGGUUGUCUUUGAGUGAAGAUUUUUAACAUUCACUUCAGCGAGUCACUGAUAGUGUAGUGGUACCACUUGCCUGACUUUGGUGCAGGCAACGUUUGGUUCAGUUCAGUUCACACUCAAUGGCAGUGCAAAUGUGCGUGUGACAGGUAGUCUAUAAGUGCGUCAUCCACGUCGCUGACCAAUCAGAGGCCAGAGAUCUGCAUAAACCACGCCCCUUCCCUCCAGCAACAUUGCAUGGUCCAGUAUAGCUUUUGUUAGCGUUUUAUCGCGUAUUUGGGUUCUUUAACAAUAGAUAUGGUUAAGAGGUGUAGUCACGGACUUUAUAAUAGUGACGACAGGUAUCCUGAAAGGCUAGCUGGUGGAGUUCAAUUCGUACCCUUUCCAAAACCGAAGACCCAGUACGAAAAAUGUCUUCGAUGGAUCAAACUUUGUGGAAGACCGCAUGAUCAACUGAAUCCAUCAACCGGAACAGAUAUGUUUGCACGAAGCCCACGUGGCGUGACGUCACUUCAGGAGGCGUGGUUAAGUGCCCUGUACGGAGGGGCCAAUUGGUGACCAGUUCAGGAUACAGUCUACCUUUUGCCCAAAGUCAGCUUGGGUGAGCUCCACCGCCCCAUGAGCGUUACGAGGAUAAGAAGUGUUGAAAAUGGAUGGAUAGAUGGAUGUUUAAGAAGAUAGUGUCCACAAAAAAACAAAGCAAAAACAAUUUCUGUUUUUGUUUUUUUUUUUUUUUUCUCCCCAUUGUCAUUGCCCCCAUGAGCAUUGAAGUCCCCUGAUAGAGGGGUUGGGAACAUUUAAGACUGAGAGAGCCAUAUAUGCCAAAUAUUUUAAAAUAUAAUUUCAAAAGAGGCAUACAAUAUUUUAAAAAUGAAAUACAGGUAUAUUUGCGCAUUUAUGUAAGACCAAAAAUUUUAGAGUCUCAGAAUUCUUUUAAAUAACAUUGUUACGCUGUUGCUAACCAAUGAUGACAAAGGUACUUCUUACCAUUAAUGUGACUUCUGGUGCUCCAUGGUUUUGCUGAUGGCUUAAAAAUCAGUUUUAUACGCUUCAUGCAGGGGUAGAGACUUCCAUCUGUUAAUCGUGAAUGUAAUUCAUGUUGAUUUACCAUCAUGAUCGUACGAUGGUGAACAGUUCUUGCUGACAAAGGCAUGUCUUUUGUUUGUUUGAUUAUCUUGUCCUUAUGCAAAGUUGUCAAAAUGUUUAUUGGCAACAUCAACUACGAAAGCUUGGGCAUACUCCCCAAAUGUGAAUGGCUUUCCAUUUCUCACUUUUGCUAAAGCCCCAGCAAAGCUGUCUGAAAUCCAUUCACCUUGUUGGGUCCAAACACGGAUUUGCUGCUGACUAACUUGGACUCUGGAACCAUGUUCACAGAGGUUCUGAUUGGUCUGGUCGUUGGGGGAAUCAUAUUCCUGGUGGUGCUUAGAAGAAAAAGCCAUGUUUUAAAGACAGAGGAUGGCUGGUGGGGGGUUGGUCCUGUCCCUGAUGACGAGCAGGACACCACCACCUACCCUUUUAAAGUGACCACUAGUGAUGCGGAGCUGGAGGACCUCAACAGAAGAAUAGACCAAACGCGCCCAGUUCCCUCACUAGAAGACAGCCAGUUCAAUUACGGUUUUAACUCGGAAUACCUGGAGAAGGUUGUCUCUUACUGGAGGAAUGACUUUGACUGGAGGAGACAAGUGGAUAAACUUAACAAAUAUCCUCACUUUAAGACAAACAUUGAAGGCAUUGAUGUUCACUAUGUGCAUGUGAAACCCAAACAAAUACCAGACGGAACCAAUGCUAUUCCUCUCAUAAUGGUUCAUGGCUGGCCAGGGUCCUUCUAUGAAUUUUAUGGGACAAUUCCACUGCUAACAGAACCAUCAGAACGCCAGUCCCUUGUGUUCGAGGUGGUGUGCCCAUCCAUACCCGGUUAUGGCUACUCAGAAGCACCACAUAAGAAAGGUUUCGAUUCAGUGUGUGCUGCUCGCAUCUUCCACAAACUGAUGAGACGGCUGGGCUUUCAACAGUUCUAUGCUCACGGAGGAGACUGGGGCUGGCUUGUCACCACCAACAUGGCUCAGCUGGAACCCAAGACUGUUAAAGCCUUGCAUGUGAACUUUGCUCCACCUUCCAAACCUGGAUUGACCGUGACCUUAUCGCUCCUGCUUGGCCGUCAUUUCCCCAAGCUUUUCGGCUUUACCAGCGUGGACCUUGAACGUCUCUACCCCUGCUUGGAAAAACUGUUUUUGGAGUCCAUCAAGGAGACUGGCUACAUGCACAUCCAGGCCACCAAACCUGACACCGCAGGUCGAGCGCUGAACGAUUCACCAGUCGGUCUGGCUGCGUACAUUCUGGAGAAAUUCUCCACGUGGACAAGUCAAGACUUUAGAAACCUGGUGGACGGCGGACUCACCAGGAAGUUCUCUCUGGACGACCUGCUGACUAAUGUGAUGAUCUACUGGACGACUGGCUGCAUCAUUCCCUCAAUGAGAUUUUAUAAAGAAAACUUUUCCCGCCUCGAUUCUCCCCAUGUCAAGAUACCGGUGUCUGUACCCACUGGGUUUGCAUGUUUCCCCAACGAGCUGAUGCAUACCCCAAAGCUGUGGGUCCAACAGAAAUUCCAUAACCUCCUCACCUACACACACAUGACUCGGGGGGGUCAUUUUGCAGCCAUGGAAGAGCCCCAGCUGAUGGUUGAGGACAUUAACAACUUCAUCAAGAAGGUGGAGAAGAUGAAAGCACAGUAGCGAUGACUCGAUGAUGUCAAUGUGGAUUUUGUUUUAUUUUUAUUCCUUGAUAAACCACCACAAUGCUUUUGAAAUACACAAUAUUUGUUACUUCUCAAGUGUCAUUUAUGUUUCACAAAAAUAUGGGAUGACCAUUUCGGUGGUACCGACAUUUAAUGUAUCUUUUUUUCCCCCAGACAUUUCAUAUUGUGAACCUUCUUCCUAAAGGUUUUAAUCAUGUUGAUUACUUCAAAACUAUUAUGGCGCUGUAAAAAGGCAUGUUCAUAAAACCUUUGUCGAUGUCCUGACCUUUGAAUAACUGUAUCUAUAAACAAUUCCAUUGAUUGUCAUCCUUUCAACAAUGAUUCAAAUAAUUGAGACAUCAUUGCUCGUGUCGUACCUUGUUUGCCUUCAAGAUUUCGUUUGGUUCACUUUGGUAUGCAUUGUCUUGAAUACAAUGAAAUCCUGUUUUCCUGUUCUUUCGAUAUCAAUUGAAGACUAGCUUGACUUGGUCUGAAUGUGAGUUUCAAUUUUUGGUUGUGUUUAUGAGCUCUGCGAGUGAGGAUGGAUGACUUUUGGCUGUACGCUGCCUCUCGCCAAAGCUCAUGUAGUCGCAGUGCACCCAUGAUGAGGACUAAGAAUGGAAAACUGGUUCCUUUUGACAACGAGUUUCUAGGAAUAAUUUUUUUUUUUGUUUAAAAUUGUAAUACAUUAAAAAUGUUACUUUUUUAGAAAAUUCAAUGAUAUGCUACAAUUUUAGUUACAUUUGAAAAAUAGCUGAGAGAGGUCUGAUUUCCCCUUAUCUGAGUUGUCAUAUGAACCACUGUCGACCCUAUUGUGCAAAUUUGUCUUUUGGUCAACAUGGUAUGGUGUAGUGGUUUUCCACAUGCUGCACACAUGUAAUUCAAAAAACAUUUUUUUUUCAUGUCUACUAUUGAUUCCAAAAUAAUGUUCUGUAGUUUCAAUCCAUUUUUGAGAGGAAAGGUCCAAGGGUCCUAUUGAUUCAUUCAAAAGUAAUCAAAAUUUCAUCGAAUGUCAUUCAUUAUAUUACUUUGAGAAAGUAAUGGAAAUAGUUACACCACUAUUGAAUUUGCAUCAUAGUAACAUGUAUUUGUAACCAACUACAUUUCCAAAAUAAUCUUCUUAAAACUGCUUGUAAGGAAUGUAACAACUGUAUUUUACUGCUUUUACUUGCUGUACAGCUUUUUGGUUUCUUGAUAUAGUUGGAAAAGGAAGUCAUCUUUUCUUUUUUUUUCCUUUCCCAUAUAAUAUUACAGAUUAUGAACACAUACUGGAUAUGCUGUGUCUUCUACCCAAAGUUGAAGAUAUUAAAUAUUUAAAGCAAACAAAUA